AAAAACAUUGAAGUGGGACUUGGGGUUUCGAGUCAAACAAACUUGGCAACCAUUUUAAUUGGAUCCCAAUCGAACAGCUGACGCAGAGCCAACUCCGUUAGUUUUCCCGAUCGCGUUGCAUAUCAUAACUCCCAUUACAACGCUGCAGUUGAAUCAAACCGGUUUGUCGCCUCUCGAUUUUUCGGUGGUUUCAGUUCACAUUCACUUCCCAAUUGGGCAGGCCAUUGCUUUUAUUUUGCUCCUUUGGUGCCAACGAACUUGAUUAGUCUUUAGAAAAACCACUUCCAUAUCCAUAUUUUCGUUCAGUUUAGCCUGGAAAAAGCAAUAUGAAAAACGUUUUGGAUGUAAUGUCGUUGCAGCAGCACGUGGAGUCGAACAAGGCGCAGACCAUGAAGCCAAUCGACUAUCGCAAGCUGAACAAACCCGGUGUCGUGCCGAUGUACAUCUUCGAGUGCGCUGCCAAACUGAAAAUGAAACCCUUGACGGCUGCCUGUGCGGCCAUAGUAUUCCAUCGAUUCUUCCAGGAGGUCAAAGCCAGUGACUACGAUGAAUUCCUAAUUGCCGCAUCGUCAUUGUAUUUGGCUGGGAAAAUCAAGGAUGACGAAAGUGUCAAGAUUCGCGAUGUGAUUAACGUGGCAUAUUGCACCCUAAACCGGGGUAAUGCUCCGCUGGAUCUGAACGAUGAGUACUGGUCGAUGAGGGAUGCCAUUGUCCAGGCCGAGCUACUCAUCACACGCACUCUGGGUUUUGAUCUCAACAUAGAUCUGGCCCACAAGUACUUACUAUACUACAUGAAGACACUGCAAGACUGGGUGGGACCCGCGGUAUGGAACUCGGUUCCCAUUGCAAAGGCCGCUGCAUCCUAUUUGCAAGACUUUCAUCACAGCGCAAAUAUCCUUAAGUACAAGCCUACCCACGUGGCCAUCGGGUGUUUGUCGUUGGCUCUCCAGACCUACGGAAUCCAGGUACCGCUGACGGACGAGUCCGACGAAUCAGCCAUGUGGUACAAGCCCCUGGUCAAGGAUUUCACGCGCGAGAACCAGUGGGAGAUCAUCGAGAACGUGAUCGAGGUGUAUAAGCAUGAGGCCUUCCUGAAGGCCGUCUAAUCCCUUCAAGACUGCCAAGAACCAUUCCUCCCUUUCAUCUGAUUUUAUUUAUUUUCUGCUCUCAUAUGCACUCAUAAUCCUAUCUCAGACUAUGUAUAAACAACGAAUGCUCAAAUGUCCACUGCAAUUACAUGCCUACUUAAACAAAAAAUACGUUGAAUUAAAUGAUAAUAAGGUCGUAAAACUAGAUCUCUAUUGCUUUUACCGGAGCCGAUAUCUUAGACAUACAUACAUAUUCCGACAAUUUAAAUAUUUACAUAUACGAAGAGUAAAUAAAGUAAAAAGGUGUUUUGUUCUAUGGAAAUUAA